GAGCGACGCACGUAAUAUUAUUGUGUAAACAUGGAAGGACCACCAGCCAAGAAGAGACGGCCUAAUUUCAGUGAGGCUGAAGUAUACGCUCUUGUGACUGAGGUAGCCAAACGAAAAGAAAUGAUUUUAGGGAAGUUGGACUCAACUAGAUGUACACUUCAACUAAAAAACCAUGCCUGGGGUGAAGUGUUAAAUGCGGUGAAUGCUGUUGGUAGAGUCACCCGCAAUGUUACUGAAAUUCGGCGGAAGUUUUCUGAUCUUCGUGUUAGCGUUAAGAAAAAAGCAGCACAAGAUAAGAAAUAUGCUGGUGGAACAGAAGAAGAAAGAGAACCAACCCCCGGACCCUCAGGAGCUAGGUUUACAGCUACCGGUAGUUGUUUCCGAGAGGAAUUUAUGUUUCGGCCCGUUCAAGAGAAAGAUGAUUUUAUAACCUGCAUUCUGAAUGAGGAUAUACAGGAACAUGAUAUCACAGUGCCCAUUGUGCAUUUAGAACCUGAAACUUCAGCACCUACAAACAUUCCUGGAUUUUCAUCAUCCGGGACAUAUGAGGUAGAAACAUGUAGUUCAAGCAAUACUCGUCAACCUAUUGCUGCUACCACGGAACAGCGAAGUAGGUCUAGUACCCCUUCUGCCACAGCUGUUAGGUCAACUGUAACUGGUGAUUCCACUGGUGAAAUGGGUUCACCUCCAAUGCCAAGUACCAGCAGAAGUGGCAGGAGGCCACGAACCUCUUCUGCCCGAAAAGAUGAAGAUCUUCUUCGAGAGAUGCUUCGUGUUCAAACACAAAUGAGUGACAGUUUUUUACAGCUUGUAGCUAACACCGAGUGCAUUGCAUCUGCAAUGCUAUGCAUUGCAAGAGUUAUGCAGUCGAAAAAUCCUAUCCAAUGAUGCUGUGUUUA